GGACCGUCUUUGACCCGGACCAACUCGUGCGGUCGGUGCUUUUGAGCUCACGCUUCCGGUGGGACGACAAGUAAUAGCCUCUGUGGUAGCAGUGCCUUGGGAACGACCCAGCUUCGUUUUGGUCUCGGGGUUCUCCUGACUUUUGCAGCACCUUCGCUUCGAAUACCAAUCAUGAUUUUGCAGAACCGCAUCAUCGCGGAAACCCUUGAAGUUCGCCACAACCAGCUGCAGGAGGAGAAAGUGGACCCUGUGGAGGUGACCAUUGCCGAUUUUGAUGGUGCUCUGUAUCACCUGUCCAAUCCGGAGGGUGAUCGCAACAAGGUUCAGAUCAGCCUGGGCGUCAAGUUUUAUCAUGAGCUGCAACCGCAUGGUGUCAACGAGCUGAUGAAGCGCGAGUACGGCGACAUGCUUGUGGCUCCCGAAAGCGGCUACGAUGUAACUAUUGUGGUCGACCUUGCGGCCAUGGGUGCGGACCCCACCGUGACCAUUAUGAAGGCGGCUUCCCUGCGCCGCAACUGCUUUGCGGCCCUGUUUGAAAAGUUCUUCAGCAUGCAGCAGGCGGGCAACAUUGAUGAAAAGGCGGUGCUGCAGUUUCGCGACCAGGAAACGCUGUACAUCAACGUCCUCAAGGAUCGUGUGACGGUCAUUUUCAGCACACUUUUUUCAGACGCCGACGACGUUGUGAUUGGCAAGGUCUUCAUGCAGGCCUUUAAGGAUGUCCGUGGCAAGAACCCGCAGGCACCCCAGGUGCUCUUCUCCUACCUGGAGCCGCCGCGCGAGCUCGAGGGCACAGGUGCUCUCAGUGGCAAGAAUGUCGGCUAUGUCACCUUUGUGCUGUUUCCUCGCCACUUUGAGGGAGCAAAGAAGGACUCGACGAUUGACUUGCUGCAUACCUUCCGUGACUACUUGCAUUACCACAUCAAGUGCAGCAAGGCAUACCUGCACCAGCGCAUGCGCGCUCGCACAUCUGAGCUGCUCAAGGUUCUGAACCGUGCUCGACCCGACUCGGAGAGCAAGGAGAAGCGAACCAUCACGGGACGCACUUUUUCCCGCAGCGGCCGCUAA